CAAUAUUUGAAACUUAUUUAGUGACUAUAGAUAUCACACUAAAAGCCGGUGGCUGGGAAGGCAAGAUGUCGGCAUAGCUGAUUGACUAUGAUAUACGGCUGUGUCACAUCGAGCCAGCUCAAUCCAUCGGCGGUCAUCAUUAGAAGAUUCAAGAAGAAAAGAAGAUAAACGCACCGUUGAUUGUACGACUUUCCGAUCGCUCCCGUAACGCGGGGUGGAGGCUGAAGGGUUGCCAACUGACAGCUGUGAGCUGUCAUUCUAGAGACUGCUUUCUCGUCGCGCAAUAAAAUUGAGGAAAACUUUAUUUAUAUCACACACGAAUAUGUUCCCGUAGAGUGCAACCGGCUGUGCGUGAAUUAUCGAUAACGAUACGAAAAACACGACGAAACAAUGGCCAUCGACGAGGUGUUAGGUCCGCGAAAAACGAUGUUGGUUUUAGUGAUUGUUGUGGGAUGUUUCGCAGUGUUGUGGCCCAGGAUUCUGUCUCCUUUGAUCGUGGGUCACACACAGGAGCAACUAAAACCGAACAAAUUCGACCGGGAGGCAGGCUGCUGUGAAGUAAUUUUUCAAACUGAUGUUGCUGUACUAGAACUAGUAAAUGAAGUAUGUAAUUCAGCUCUUGGAGUUGAAAAAAUGUCACCACAAUCCGCAAUUGAAUGUAGAAAAGCAGUCAAUGAAAGUUGCGGUGUAGAUAUUGCCACAUUUCUCAAAAAGGGUGAAAAUGUUGGAAAAUCUACAAAAAUGCUGGUUCAAGCUAUGAAGAAUACAAACAGCUCAUGUUUGAGAGAGCAUUUUGGUGUGCCUAUCUACAGCUUAUCUCCACAUUCACCAGCCAACUCAUGGACUCUGCAAGAUUCAGUAAAACAAGAGCGGCCUGUACGCAGCGUGGGACCCCACCCAGCACUCCGAGAGCGAGGACGUGCCAUUCCGCCGGGUGUACCUCCACCAAGUCGACAGCAGAUGCCCCCACACGUCAGGGUACGGUCUCCUCUAUCUGUGUACUUCGAACUGGAGCCUCCACCAAUUCCUGGCAUGCGGCCACCGCUUGGUUCUCCAGGCGGACCAGUGACUGCUCCCAAGUCAUCCAUGGGCUUCGUCAUGCCCAUCUACACCAUCUGCAUCAUUGUGUUCUUCGUGUAUACGCUCAGUAAGAUUAUAUUCAAACGCACCGCGAUUCCAUACGAACCAGUCACUCCGGACCCUCAAUUUAGAAGACGAGUGUUCCGCGAUGAUUCUAGAACUUCGCCUGAUAAACUAGGACACAAGGAAACUGAUACGAGAGAUAUCGAGAUAGCGGCCCUGCGCGCGCGUUUAGAGGAGACAGAACGCGCAAUGCAACGCAUCAUGGGUCAGCUUGCACAGCGCGAUGCGGAAUCCCAGGAUAGCCAAACACGCCCAUACACAAAUGGAACAAUUCUAUUAAAUACAGGUCCAGUUCAAAUUGUGACCAGCGAAUAUCAAGAGCCAAAGAAACAAACAGAUUCGGCGCAGUGCAAGCAAAAUUUAUCAGAAUGUAAGGAAUCAUCCCCUGAGUCGCACCCCGUUCAUAAUACACAAGAACACACAUCCAAUAAAAACCUUACAACCAUACAAGAAGAAACUGUUAAAAUAAAAGAAAAUGUUAAUCAGAAAGAACAGUCCGAAACAGACAUAGAACAUAAUCCUACCGUAACUGAAGCCUCAGAGGAAAUCAUUAAUGAAUUCGAAACUUCUACAGAACGAAAAGAAUUAUCGCCUGAAUCCAAUGAAUCUGCAAUUCAAAAAGAAAAUGAAUAUUCAAAAGAAAAUAAUAAUAACUCAUCGGAACUAAAAGAAACAAUCCCUAUCCAACAAGACCUAUCCUUAUAUCAAACAGAAACUCACCCUGAACCUGAGACGUCCGUCGACCAAUCUUCAGAGUUUAAAAAUACUUUCGAAGAUCUUAAAGAGUCGUCCCCAGAACAUAACGAUAUUUCAACUAAAUUAGAGGAAUCUCCUAAAGAACAAAAAGAUUCAUCUGUAGAAUCUGAACAAAGUCCCCCAGAAACACUGGAUGGUAUCGAUGAGUCGUUGAAGUUGGAGGACUCAUCUAUAAAGUCUUUAGACACCCAUCUUGACCAAACAGAACCAUAUCCUAAAUCUUCCAACAUAGUCGAAAGCGAAUCAUUACCAAAACAAUUAUCUUUUGAAGAUAAAGAGUCUUCCAAUGCAAAACCGCUUUAUCCAAAAGAGCCAAACGAGUUAAUGGAUGAAAAGGAACAGACGGAAGAAAAUGAAUUCUUUAUAAAAGAUUCAUCCUUAGAAAAAGAAUUAAAAGAACUCUACGAAUCUUCCUCAGAGGAAGAUGCCAUUCCUGAACUUCUAAACCAGGAAGAAAGGGAGGUCUCUAUAUCACCAGAACCCGAAGCAUGUAUCACACCUGAUCAUGAAUCCCUGACCAAAAUUGACUCCAUUGAUCCUAAAUUUACACAAUCAUCCAAAGAGUCAUCUGACGAAGAGUUAAUCAUCUUAGGUACUAAAGAACUCACCCCAGAGCCAAUUAAAUCUCUUUCAGAUGCCAUUCCAAUAGCUAUUGAAGAAAAACUGUCUAAAGAAAAUGACAUGGUGGUGAACGAAAGUGGUAAAAAUGAUUUAGUUCUAGAAAAUUUAAAGGAGUCCAAUACAGUAAAAUCAACGGAAGAUUUUCUCAAAGAGGAAAGGGAGGUUGCUACUAAAGAUGGACCAUCUACGCCAGAACUUUUAGCUGAAGCGCUAAAGGAAGAUUCACCUAAGAAUGAAGAUAACGAGGGCUCGGCUGUCAAAGUAUUAGGUAUGGAGGUAACAGCUCAUGCGGUAGAUGGCAGCACAUGGGCGGGGGAAAGACCCAUCGCACCCCCGAAACCUCCGCAAGAACACCAGGCUGAAGAAGUGAAAUCUAUAUUCUUGGAGACGGAGAUCCCGCAGCAGUCCCGAGUGCUCAUAACUGACUUUGAGGAUCGUGCGCACACACAGAAACCCAUGAAGAACGCACCGUUGGUGGUAAGUGGUAAGAUGACUUUAUCACUGAUACAAGACGCCCCGCGAGACACUCCUGAAAGAGAUCCCGAAUCGACAUUGGAUGAAUUCACAACAGCAAGCGCCAUGACACAACCCCUGGCAGAGAAAGAAGAACUUUCAGAUGAAGAGCUGGAAGAAGAGUUAGAGGUAGAAGAGAUUGAAGAGGAAUUGAGUGAUGAAGAAGAGGAUGAAAAGACAAAGGAAAAGUGAGAAGAUAUUAGCCGUGCUGAGGACUCAGUGACUGAAAUAGUGAUAACUCAAUCCCAAAGAUAGAUGUCGCUUAUGUACUUUGAGAGCGUCAUGUUUUUUUACUUAAAAUAUUACUAAAGUAAUUAAUUUGUUUCUAAUAAUGCAGACAAUUUUGCUUUCCUUAAGAGUUUCAGUUUGCAAAGCACUUAAGCGAAUAACUGGCCUCUGAAAUGAAAUGAGAUUUAAAAAUGGUUUACAUAUUAUUAGCUGUGACUUAACUGUACUUUGUGAGCUUGUUACUUUUUUAGCACAUCUUUUGCUCAUAUACAAGACAAAUUCGUAUACUUGAAUAUAUUAUUUGAAAUAGAUACUUUUUGGAGUCCUUAGCACAUUAUUUAGCAAUAAUAGUGUGUUUUAAUUAGCUAAACACAUUUAUCCUGAAUUUUUGAACAAUUGGUAUUUCAUUAUGUGCCAAAUUUUUCAUAGCUUAAAAUUUUACAUGUUAUAUUGACGCUUGUUAAACUUAAAUUAAUACAAUAAUUUAAUUACAGUGACAUAUUGUGUGUCUGUUUGCCAAAUUUUUAAAUGUAUAU